AUGCAUCAAGUCUUCCAGCCUCAAGCAAAUCAAGAGAACCUAUUCUCAUUUGACAAGACUCCAACUUACCUUUUCCGUCUCCAUUUUCAUGGUUCCAACGGCUGCAGAACCUCUGACUGUGUCGAAUCUCCAGCCUUUCCCAAUCACUUAAGCGCAAAAUACAAUUGGGGCUCACCCUGUGGCACAGACCUCUUACAGCUUUCAUCGUCAGAGGCUGCUGCUAGAUUGAAAGCUCAUUUGGGCUGGAAGUGCUGUAAUCGUGGCCGAAAGACUUGCAAUCUCAUGUCCUGGUCUAGCUCCCUCCUUUUCCUUCUGCAAUAUGGUUUUCAUCGUCACCAGACAGACCCUAAGAAGAAAGGAGGACCUAGACCAAAACUCGCAGAUAUCAAGAUAAUAAUUCUUGAUACUCGAGACUUCCCAAAACAAGUGUUCCUUCGCGAUCUUGAUGCCUUGAAAUGGCUAGAUGGUGAACCGGAUCUUAGAAGGCUACAUAACCUGAGAAAGGGCCGGCAUUACUUCGGCGAAUACCUCAGCCAGGGACGACUAGAUAUCAAAGGCAAUCACGUUCAGAUUUCAAUGCAGCAGCUUAUUGAUGGGGGCCUUUUCACGAGCAUUUGUCCCGCACUGAACCAACCACAGAACUGGAGUUCCUGGGCGAACAUCACGAUCAACCUUCGAGGGACCAUUCUCCAAAACAAUUCUGUCGAUAAGCGAAGAAUACGAAAAACCAUUUUCCUGGCCCAGUCAUGCGUAGGAGACAAAUUUGUUGUUCCUUUCGCUCUUAUGUUGCUUUGUUUGCGAAGCGGACCCUCCGAUGAUGAGAUGAUUGCGAAUGCUUUCCACUCCAUUUUCACUGACAAAGAACUCGAAUUUCAGGGCAUUAGGUACGAUCUAGAGUCUAAGAGAAUGACGGAAUUGGGUCGUUUCCAGCAGCUCAUGGAAGCUGUCAAGAAAGUCCAGAUUGAUGACCCCAUUGCGAAACUCACUGAGGGAGUUAAAGCACUGUCUACUAACUGA